AGCUUUGAGCUUUCGGGCUGUGGCCUUGUCACGUUCCCAGAUGCUAAACGGCUUAAAUUGAGGUUUUGGUUUUUAAACGCAACAAUUUUAGCUUAAAUGUAAACUUCUAUCACUGUCGUGUCCGCUGGAUCGUUUAUGUUCAGACUGGUCGCUCAGACCUUGGUCGAAUUCAGUGGAGCAACUCUUACGCAGGAAUGUCGAAGCGCCCGUCCUACGCUCCACCCCCUCCCCCUGCCCCAACCACACAAAUGCCUUCCACCCCAGGGUUUGUGGGCUACAACCCCUACAGCCAUCUGGCCUACAACAACCUCCGACUGGGAGGGAGCUCCGGAGGCUCCAGCAGGGUAGAGUGGAGAAUCCCCUUUAGCCAGAAUUCAUCUGGGAUCGCAGUUCCAAAGCCUCCCAAACCUCCAGACAAGCCGUUGAUGCCUUACAUGCGGUACAGCCGGAAGGUAAGCAGGAAGGUAUGGGACCAAGUAAAAGCAUCCAAUCCAGACCUGAAGCUGUGGGAAAUCGGGAAGAUCAUCGGCGGCAUGUGGAGAGACCUGACCGACGAGGAGAAGCAGGAUUACCUGAAUGAGUACGAGGCUGAAAAGAUUGAAUACAACGACUCUUUGAAGGCUUACCACAACUCCCCCGCAUACCUGGCCUAUGUGAAUGCCAAGAACCGAGCCGAAGCAGCCAUGGAGGAAGAGAGCAGGCAGCGCCAGAGUCGUCUUGACAAAGGGGAGCCAUACAUGAGCAUCCAGCCCGCAGAAGACCCUGAUGACUACGACGACGGCUUCUCUGUGAAACACACUGCAGCCGCUCGCUUUCAGAGAAACCACCGCCUUAUCAGUGACAUACUGAGUGAGAUUGUUGUGCCAGACGUGCGCUCGGUGGUCACCACAGCCCGCAUGCAGGUCCUUAAAAGGCAGGUGCAGUCACUCAUGGUGCACCAGAGGAAGCUGGAGGCAGAACUUCUCCAGAUCGAAGAUCGUCACCAGGAGAAGAAAAAGCGCUUCCUGGAGACCACUGAUUCAUUCAACACUGAACUGAAGAGGCUGUGCAGUCAGAAGGUGGAGGUGGACAUGGAGAAGCUGGCAGCAGAGAUGGCUGCUGCUGAGGAGGUGGCUCGACGGCGGGCUGAGGAGAGGGAGCGUGAGGCGGCGGAGCAAGUGGAGAAGGCUGCACAGCAGGAAGAGACGGGGUCUGAGCCGGCUACAGCCAACAACUCCCCCGGGACCAAGGAGGAUACACCUAUGGAGACAGAGAAUGCAGCAGCUGCAGACCUUCCUUCAGAGCAUCAACCCGCCACAGCACCUUCAUCUGAGCCUCCAUCUUUAGUAUCCGAGAUGCUCUCUCCUCCCCCUGAGCCCCCCAGGGAGAACAGCUCUCCUAGUAGCAGCUGCACCCCUAGUGAUGACAGUAACAGCAUGCCUCCCCCUGGAGAAAACAACGUGGAAGCAGCAGCUUCACAGUCUCCUACGGGACAGGAAGUCAACCCUCCAGCUGUCCCUCCUCCCUCAGAGGAACCAGCCCCACCACCGCUUCUGCCCCCCAAUCAGGGGAGCCUCCAGUAUGAGUAGAGUUACAACUGUGUGAGCUAGAGCAUAGCAGGGGGGCCCUGGAGGCAGCUCAAUGAGUGCUCUUCUAGUUAUGAAAACUUCUGCUCUUCCUGUUUUUUAAAGAAUCUACUGAAACUUUUUUUGGUUGAUGUUUGUAACUUUUAGAUUUUCAACGUUUCAUGAUUCUUCUAGAUAAUCUGCAAUAUUUUGUUACUCUUCUAGAAGAUUAGUUUCUUGACUUCCAGGUUAUCACAUCUCACAACUCUUUAGAUAAUCAGUUGUGUUUUGUGGCUCUUCUAAAUGACCAACAGCAUUUCUUCAUUUGUUUUGAUAAUUUGUGACAUCUCAUGACUCUUCUAGAUUCUGCAGCGUUUUGAAACUUUUGAGAUUCACAAUCUGCUAUGACUAUUCUAGAUUAUGAGUGACAUUUUUGACCCUUUUAGAUUAUCUGUGUGUUUUGGUUACUCUUCUAGACAACCAACAAUCUCGAUUGCUGAUUUCAUUGAGCUUCCUCAGUGAAUCUGACAGAAAAUCUAACUAAAGAUCAGGAUUUAGUCAAAUGAUUUAUUUUGUACUGUCCAAACUGACCAAAUAAAGGCCAUGUCUUUCAUCUUA